CUUGCAUGAUAUCUAGAGCUAUGCUACGGUGACGCUUAUGAGCAUCCGGCCUCAUCCGCAUACCUAGACUCUAGGCACCAUCAUCCCAGCAACAUCUGUCCUACUCAUCUUCCGGCAUACGUGGACCUGUUUCUAAGAGACAGACCCUAAGGUCCGCUUCUCAAGGACCCAUCACAGAUUACCGGUGUCUGAGGUGACCCAACAAGGAUGUUGUUCGCAGCCCUCGUCCUCAGUAUCCUGAGCAUUGCAUUAUCGACUUCGCUAUUACAAUCUCAAAAACGUUCCAGCUUCAUCAAGUGGAGCAAAAACUACUACCACGCAACCUUCAGCUCCGACAACUCAGCCGCGAAAAAGAAGCAAACAUUCCCACUCUUCGACCUCCCACCAGAAAUACGACUGCAAAUCUACCGAUACGCAUUACCCCAACGCCAAACAAUAAUUCUCACAAGACCUUCAGCACCACAAUGUCCAUUCCCACCCUCCUCACCUCUACCAGCUUUUGUCCCUGCCAUUCUACUCAGACUUCACACAAACUGCCCUUGCCAAACCAGACUCACACCGCCAUUCUUACCAUUACUCCAAACUUCAAGGAUGAUACGUCGGGAAGCUCAAGAUUUGUUUUACGCAAACAAUGCUUUUGUGUUGAAUAUCGAUAUGCCGAAAACGCUUCUUCGUAUGCCUGAGCUGUUUGCACUGUUUGAGAAUGGCAUGGCGGAUGGUGGGGAGAUUUUGGGUGUGGUCAGGGAUUUUAGGAUUAGGGUUGGUGGGAAUGUUAUGGUGGAUGCAUGUGGGCCAGGGACGAGGUGGAGGAAAUAUGGGGGGAGAGUGUUGGUGGCUACUACACCUUCAGAUGAAAUUACUGGCAUGUUGAGGAGUGAGGAGAAUAUCGCCAAGUGUGUUGGCAAAGUGUUGGAUGAUGUUGAAGAAGGGGGAAGAGUGAAUGUCAGUAUCGUGAAAAGAAUAUUGGACGAGAUCUUUUGGAAUUGGGAAGAGAAAGUCUAGCAAGACGGUCUCGCGGUGGACUAUAUGCCCAAUGCCAGUGCCACUCUACCUUUCGGCAACGCUUGAUUAGGCUCAGGGCGGUGGUGAGAGACUGGGGCCUGACAACCACGUCGUCUUGGCACAUCCGUAAGAUAUCCCAAACGCAAGUGCUCGUCACCCGCGAUUGAAACGACAACAUCCACCAAGUCGGCUGGAGAGACUAUUCCGCGCCCGUCACAGACACGAACAAUCCGCCUUGCCUUACAGCAGAUAUUAAUCUCAUCGAACGUCAGGAAUGUUUUCAACCGCGUUUCAUCGUAAGUCUUUCAUGCCGCUUUUCUCACCGCUUAAAUUAUGGGGAGAUCGGUACGCUGACUUUAUCAACUAG